UGAGUAUAGAUGACGGUUCUGAUUGGGCGGUCCAUGCCAAGGGUUUAAUUUUGAAUUCUCUUAGAUGCUGCAGCCAGAGGACAUUGCCCAGACUCUGUUUACCUCCCGGGGCUCUUUUACUAAAAAAAUGAACAAGCACAAGUACCGGAGAAGAAGAAAGAUGAGAGUCAGAGCCAAAAUGUUAUUGAAAAAAAGAAAAGUUAGUCCUUCUGAUCCAAUUCCAUGUCUUUUUCCUCCUUCCCCUCCCUCUCCUUCUUCACCUCCAACUCUACCUCCAUCUGAAAGGGUGAUAGAUGCCUCUCCCACAAAAACAAGUUGUGGCCAAAGUUGGCCAACAUUAGCUUGGAGCAUCAUGUUUUCCAGCGCAAAGAAUGCAAUGAAAUUCCUAGCAAAGAGGGUUUGGUCUUUCUAUUGGUGUUGCCAGAGCAGCAUUACACAGAAUUUAGAGAUAUUGAAAGACCACCUAUUUCCAUCCCGUGUCUACCUCCGGGAACUCAGCCUGAUCAGACAGCAGGUUGACAAGCUGGAAAAUGAAUUCUACAAGCUCCAGGAAGCAGUAAAGAUUUCUCAGAACCCUGCCUCAGAGUGUUCUUCUUGCCAGGAUUGCCAUAAAACAUGUUACUUGAGGGCUCAACUUCCAGAGGAUCUUGCUCAAGCUCAAACCAUUAUUAGAGAAUCAGCAUCCAUACUUCCAUCUGUGGCACUGCAGCCUCAGAUUCUCCUUCCUCCUCCUCCUCCUCCUCCUCCUCCUCCUCCUCCACCACCACCACCUCCACCACUUCCACCACUACAGCCUCUUCCACUCACCUCAGUACUCAAAAAGGCCAAUCGUACCAAAACACUUCAGGCUGCACCAUUAAAACAAGAGGGGCCCAUGCAUAUAACUGUUAAAGAUCUGCUCACUGUGAAAUUAAAGAAGACACAGAGUUCUUCUGUUAGGAGUAAGAUUUUGUCACCACUGAAGGAACGAAAGCCUCUGGUUACAGUGUCUGAUCUUCAGAGUAUCUCCCUGAAACAUCAGUCCAAAUUUCCACCAACCCAUAUCACAAAUGUGAUAAUCACUCCCAGCAAAGGCCAAAUGGAUCUGAGAAGACUUCUUAGGAAAGUCAACAUAGAUAGGAGCCCAGGAGGAACUCCUCUUAUCAAUAAAGAAAAUAUGGAAACUGGAACAGGGUUGACCCCAAUAAUGACCAAGGCCUUGCGGCAAAAGUUUCAGCUGGCUCAUCCAAAGAGCCCAUCCCAAGCUCCAAUAAUUUCUGCAAACAGCUUUGAUGAGCAAAAUUGAUGUUAAUGAAGAAUUACAUUUGAAGAUGAAAUGUUAAAUGAAUGUACUCAAAUGUCAUUUUUUAGGAUUCCAGAAACUCAUAAUUCAUCUAUCGUGUGUCUACACAGCAAAAAAUAUAGAUCUAAAUAUUGUCCACAUAUUUCAAUGAGUAAACAUGUUCAAAUAGGAUAUCAGAUUUUUUUUCUUCCUAUGGUUAUCUAGAUGAUCAAGCUUAAUUAAAUAUGUAUCAUAUCCUUUCUCUAAUUUAUCAUGAAAGGAUAUUUUGAAUGUCUGACUUAGACUCCAUUCAUUUUAAGAAGUCAUUUAUAAUUGCUACAUUUGCCACCUAAUGAGGUUGCAGUCUUACCUAUCUUUAUCCUAACAAGUAAGAGAGAGGUGCCUGAUGGCCUUAAAAGGUAAAAUACACCUCUUUUCCUGUUUUAUGAAUCCAUUUCUGGCUCACCAUCUUCUCCUAGCAGUCCCUUAUUUUACAUAUUCCAUAUUCAAGAAGCCAAUGGAAGUUUCAUGGACAGCCCCAGUAAGUACUAUGCUUCUACUAUGCUGCCUCCCAAGGGAUAUAGCUAGCUCUGGACACAAGACUCUCUCUCUCUCUUUCCUGUACUUCUAGCCAUAGAACAGAGGGAGCUGAUAUUAAACACAAACCCAGAUCUAGGAUUGUUCAAGAAACUCAUCUGCUACUCUUAAGAAUGAAGAUAGCAGUUUCAUCAAUGAAGACAGUAAGGGUUAAGAAGUGUAGAAUUACUAAACCUCAGUAAUCUUGCCAUCUUUCCAGGAAAAGCUGUAAUAUGAAACAAAUAUAAGAUACUGGAAAAUUCCUAAGCCAAAAGCCUAGUUUAGGGAGUUUCCUAAAACAUCUAGUAAUGUUCAAGCCUUGUGCUAAGUACAAUGGCCCUAGAAAAAUCCCCAUUCCAGUUCCAAGGCUAAGUAUUCAAUCUAGGACCUUUCUAUAAUCAUAUUUUUGAGACACAUAAGAAGAUAUCUUAAUAUAUAUAUUUGUAAAGCUGCUAACUGCCAUCAUACCAGUAUUAAGAAAUAUUACAUGUUCCCCAGGUUUACCUUUUAGCUUUUACUAAGCUUUUAUCACAGCCUGUUUUAUAUUGUUCAUAAUUCUGUAAACCAAGGGCUUCUUAAAACCACUAUGUACUAUAUGCUUUUUUAUUAAUAAUGAAUGAUAACAAAAUCAGGGCAAUAAUUCUGAGGCCUUUUAGCUAUGUUUUAACAAUAAAAAUUUUAUAGUAAA